AUGGCAGACCCAGCACUCCACCCAGAGACCCCACCGCACCAAACCGAAACCCUCAGACAAAUCGCCGUCGACUACACCCCCGACGCCUGCACCCACUCGCAGGAUUCCGACUCCAUCACCAUCACAUUCGACCACCGCGGCGGCGCUCGGUGGCGCUCCACCACCCGCUUCCUCCACGGCACAUUCUCCGCCCAAAUCCAGUGCCCGAAAGGCAACACAAGUGGCCUCAACUUCAACAUCUACCUCUCCUCUCUCGAAGGCGACAAGUCCCAAGAUGAGAUCGACUUCGAGUUCUUGGGCAAAGACAAGUCCAUCGUCCAAACCAACUACUACACUGUAGGGACUGGAAACAGAGAGAUCGUACACGAUCUGGGUUUCGAUUGUUCUGAUGGGUUUCACGAGUACGUGAUCAAGUGGAGCCCAGAUGUGAUCGAGUGGUUGAUUGAUGGGAAAAUGGUGAGGAGAGAGAAGAAGGAGGAAGGUUUAGGGUUUCCUAAGAAACCCAUGUUCUUGUAUGCCUCUGUUUGGGACGCCAGCUACAUUGAUGAAGGGAAGUGGACUGGGCCUUUCGUGGGCUGCGAUGCACCAUAUGUUUGUCACUACAGGGAUGUUCGUGUACCGGUUGGAACUGCAGUCCAUGAUGAUUCUUGA